AUGGCUGCUGGUGCUUCAGGAAAAUUUUGUCCUGCCAGAAUCUAUUCCAGCUCUCUUCAGGUUCAGCAGGUGGACUAUUACAAGGCUGUUUGGUGUAAGCUAUCUCUACCUAAGCAUAGGUUUCGACUUUGGCAAGUAGUCAACUCUCAGCUACUUACUCUUGAUAAUCUGAGUCGGUUCAAAGUGCAUAUAGAAUCUCCCUUAUGCCCUGUUUGUGGAGAGGUUAAUGAGAGUCAUGCCCAUCUCUUUUUUGAUUGCUCUCUGUCUAAGCAGGUGAUGGCGCAUGUUUGUGACUGGUUAGAUGGGAAUGGUUGGCCUGCUGAGUUUGACAGUUGGAAAGUUUGGUUAGCCAGCAGAAAAUCUGUGUUCAUUCAUCAGAUUGCAACUUUGAUUCUAGCUGCUUCUGUUUACAGCAUUUGGAGAAAUCGUAACAAUUGCAUAUUUGAGUUAUCUUCUAAAUCUGCAAUGAGCAUAGCUGCAGAAAUUAAGGCUGUUCUUCAUCAUCGGCUGUUAAGUAUUCAAAAGCAUAAACUUUCUGCUAAGGAGCAUCGUUUUAUAAUUCAGUUUGCUGCAUCAGCUUGA